AUGCUCCUCCAAACACUGACAGUCUUCCUGGCUGUGGGGACAUCCGCUGCCUCUGCUCUUCCUGGUCCUUUGAGGCUAGCUGCCACAUUCUCUCGAAUUUCCAACGAGCUUGACCACAUGAGUCUGGGCAGCUGCUCCAUCUCUAACGCAACCAUCCCCCUGAACGACACAUCGGUUUACCUCCCUGCACCUGCAUCCAACUUGACACUCAAAUAUAUUGCCAUUGGCCGGGGGACACAAAACUAUACCUGCGCAAGCUCCAGUGCUUCUUCAACUCCGGUGCAAAUCGGUGCCGCUGCCACACUUUUUGACGCCUCUUGCCUCGCUUCCAAAUCCCUCAACUUGCUGCAUGAGAUACCUGCUGUCGUUGGAAGCACCCCUAUUGGAUCACUUGCCUUUCUUGCAGAACUCCUGAGUCACACCACAAACACAACUGACCUCAUUCUUGGAGAGCAUUACUUCAAUGCAGCAGGAUCCCCUGUUAUAGAUUUCAGGUUGAGCGGCCGGCGGGAUUGGAUUGUUGCCUCGAAGAAUGCAUCGGUUGAUGCACCCCAGACGAGCACUGAUGCAGACCAAAACGUUCCCUGGCUAAAACUUGAUCGCACAUCUGGAUGUGGGAUUCAGGAAGUUUAUCGAGUCAUGACAUACCAAGGAUCGGCACCCUCAACAUGUGCCAGGCUUAACAAGACCCUGGAGGUUCAAUAUGCGGCAGAAUACUGGUUCUAUGGGUAG